CACAGAUUGUUCAGUACGGACUACGCAGACACUGAUAUGGCAGCUUAAUGAGUCGGCAAACCGAUAGGGUUCAUCAUGAAGAAGUGCCCUGCUUGUGGUCACAUGCUGGCAGAAUCUUUUAAAUUCUGCUGUGACUGUGGAUUUAAGUUACCUGUCCAAUCCCAAGUUUGCACCUCAGGUAACUGCCAGGUAACCACUGCAGAGCAUCAAACCUCUGUGGUCAGUGAAGCAGAGCCCCAGCAUGAGAAUGAGCCACUGACAUUGUCCGUGAACAAAACUGACACACCUCUAAAACACUCCAGUGAAGAUCCAAUGGGCAAUGUCAAGAAAAAGAGUGAAGACUCCCCCAGCAACACUGAGCUGACAACAGACACACAUCAGAAAGAGGAGUCGUCUGGGAGUGAGAGCUGUGCAGCGGUGGAUGUUCCCCCUACAGGAACUCCACCUAAGAACACUGCCACUCCUGCUGCCACUCCAACCGUACCCUCCAAACUUCCAACCUCUCUUAUCCCAUCCCCGUACCAGACAACCACGGAAGACCAACCCGAGGGUCCAUCAAAGGUAAAUGAAAGUGAACCGCUGGACGAGUCAAACACAAGCCAAACCCAACCUAGUUCAGUAAAACAAGACUUGCCUGAGAAGACUGCCUCAUCCACACAUGAGACAACAGAUCAGAACACAGGACCUGCCUCAGUCCCAACUCAACCAGUAAGACAGCUGUCAUAUAAAGAAGCUUUGAUGGGAGAAACCACAGAGACAAGAACAGUAACGAGGAAGCAGAGCGUGGAGAAUCAAGACAAGAGGCUUCCAAGCAAACAUAAGGAACCAGAGAAGCAGAGUGAUUAUGGUGGUGGUGAUGCUUCUAAGUCAUCUACUGCUGAUUCCCCACCUGCAAAGGAAGAUAGUCCACCAAACCACAGCAAUGACGAAGACUUCCAGCAAGUGGAAUCCCCCAAAAAUAAGGACAAGCAAAAAAAGCCAACCCAAAUGAGCCCUGAAGGGAGCAAGGAAGCUGGAGUCAUGAAUGAACAACAGACAUCCAGUAACCAGAGUGACAAGUGUACCAAGGAUGAAGCAAACUCACAGCCGUGUGUUGACCAAUCCCAAGUAUCAACUGAUGACCCAACAGAUAAGUCAAACACAAGCCAGGAAGAAACAAAGAACGAAAACACGGAAAAGCAGUCACAGCCUCCCCAAUUCCCAACCAAAGUGCAUCAUGGUCCUGGUAAGGAUAACCUUACCAUUUAUUUUCACGCUGUUGUAUCCAAGCGUUUCAAGUUGGACCCAUCAAAAGACAUAGUUUGUUUGAGAUCAGGAAGUCUUUUUGAGACCUGGGAUACAAAUGGUUUGAAAAUGGAAAUCACAGGGAAUUUAGGAGAGAAUGGAUUUCUUGUUGAAGGACAAAUGGUGACCCCUAAAAAGAAUGUUGGUGUCUCCAUACCUUACAAGUAUGUUGUCUGCAAGAGAAAAGACAACUCAUAUGAGUAUAAAUAUGAGCACAUCUACUUAAAGGAUGCAAAGCAACAUGUCAACAGGUGCCUGUUCGUCAAAGAGGAUCUUUUGACACAUGACGGGGAGUGGCACCAAUAUGAUGAUAUCAUACGCAUAGAACCUGACCAAAGUUGGAUAUCACGCUUCAAAAACAAGUUUGCAUGGUGGGAUGUCUACAAGGAAAAGGUAGUGACGGGCAGACAGCUGGCUGGAAAGGUGAUGCUGGGAAACAUGUUUAAUCUCCUUCAAACAUGGAGUGAGGUGAACAUUAGGAACUUCUUUACUCAACUCCAGCAGUUCUUCACCAAUUACAAAUCCCCCUUCCUCCAUGUGGAUGGUCCAAAGAAAUGGGAUCUGCCGUAUGGAGAAGAACAGGUGAAAACCCUUCUGAAAGAGUUCAUGCAGCAAGCUUUAGAUGGUGGGAACCAAAAGGAGAAUGAGAAGCGUGAGGAUUUUUUCUCUGAUCCUCUGAAAUUAGGAGUUAUUAUCCUGGUUGUCCACAUCAAUUACAGUUUAGAUGUCAGUGGACAUAUUUCUAAACUGUGUGAGUUACUCUGCCUGCCUAAAAAGCCAAGAGAAGUUUUCCUUGCAUACUGGACAGAUUUCAAACAAGGACUACCAGGUGACAAUAGGGUUUCAGAGGCAAUUGAGACUCUAUUCAACUUUGCAAGAAAACAUGGAGUUGAAAAGUGGAUCUUGGUUAUCCCCCUCCUGCAUCUGCUUAGAGGGGACAGCAAGCCUUUUGAGGCUGCUCCUCUGACCAUGAAUCCAAAAUCUGAUAUCUGGGCGGGGUUGAAAGGGAUCAAAACACCAGAAGGCUACACAGACUCGAUGUUUGAAACACAGGGAUUGAGGGAUUCCAUCCAAAUCAUGGAAAAACACAAGCACCUUGUGGCGAUGGACUGUCUCGUUACUCGCUCUUGGAUGUGUCUGUUGGGGCUGGAUAACUUGUUCAACUAUGCAUCAAUCAUCCCUCUUGAUGUCUUGGACACACUUCAACACCUCCAGUUUAGUCUGACUUCCGGGGAGAACUAUAAAUAUGAGGCUGUGAAGGAUUUGUUGUCACGGCUCUUCAGCAGAGUUAAGGAACAACAGCACAGCCAUGACGACAGAUAUGGAGACUUUUGCCUUAAAGCAGCUGUGAGCCUUCUGGAGACCAUUUGUAAGAAUAUGAAAAGUAAUUUGAACCAUGAGAUUCAUUUGGUUUGCCUGGAUCUUGUCAGUCUGAUUGCAGAAACGGCCUCCCAUCUCCAGACAAAGGAAGUGACAAAUAACCUUUUGGAAAAGACGCGCAAAGAGAAGUUAAAGGAGACCAUGGCCAUCAUAAAGGAAUGGCUGCGAAUCACAUUCAAGAACAAAUUGGUUAAAGAUCUCAAUAACAUUGAUUUUGCAUACAUGUAUGAGACUACGGUCUGGAACAAGCUGAUCUCACUUAAAAUUGGUUCAGAAGAAUUCACCCAAUAUUGGAGAAAUACAUUCUUGAAUGAUUUUGAAGGAAAACUCAAACAGGAAACAUCCAUGCAUCAAAUUGAAAUAUAUAUCAAUAAGAUUGAGGAAGUGAGCAGGACGCUGCCAUUCUUGGAAAACUCAUUGGAGAAAUGCGCUUUGGAAGCAGUCACAGUCAUUUGUCAGCAUGAUCAGGGGAUCUCUCAGGAGGCUCUCUUUGAACGGUUGAAAAAACUUGACUUUAGCAAGUUUGAGAGGCUAAUAUCUACUAUUGUGAUGAAGUCCUGGCCCAAGACUGGCAAUGGAGAAUACCUGGAAGGGGAGGACUGUGUAGUGGAACAUCUUCUCAACUGGUCCAUGGCCAAAAGUGUCUUUCAAGUCCAAGGGGAAAAUCUGAAAAUGAUUGACCAUUUGUCAGACGAUGCUAAAGAGCGGAUGGUUGUGGCAAGCUCUGCGUUCAGUUCUGUGUCAGAUAAAGUCAUCAACGGCAACAUCCAGAUGAAGACUCUCAGUAAAGUCCUCUCAAGGAGAACAACAUUCAUUGAGCUUUUGAAGAUAGAUGGCCUGUGUGAAGAUGGUCGUUGUAAGGACAACACCACUAUGAACAGAUUACUGAGAUUUAGACAAGAAGAAAUGGAGAAUGUGAACAGUUACAAGAAGAUGGUUGAGGGCCUAGUUAUAAUUUGUCUCCAACUCCAGGAGCAUCUGAAAGUCGAUGUGAAAGAGCUGGAGCUCAAAAACCAAAAGAACAUAGAUCAGAUGACGCUGGAUGAAUUCAUGGAAGUUCACAGACUUGACGGGCUAACCUCUGACGUAACUGGGGAGGUUACAUACUUUAACCUCUGUAAUGCCACCAGUCAGAUGGCAUUUAAACUAAAUGUUGUCAGGGAAAGCUUCAUUUUUGCGAAGUGCUUGGAGUAUCAAGCCAAAGAACUUUCCCACAAACAUAUUGACACUGACGAGAUUGAGGUGUACACUCUUGAUGUGAUCCACAGCAAAAUAUUCCAGGGUUGCUAUGAUAAUUACAAGAGGAUCUAUGAGAGUUUGAAAUCUGGCACUUUAUCAUUGGAGGAUGUGGAUAGCAUCUUUGAAGUCUACAAAGACAAGUACGAUGAGAUGAAAAAUGAUCUGGAGAUCAUGUGCAGAAUCAACUUGUCUGAUGAUCAAAGAUGGAUCAGGAGGCGAAUCAAGCAGAUCCAACAGUACCAUGACCUUCAUCAAGCAUUGGAUUCAGCCAAGGUCAUUAUGGAUGUCAGAGAGACAAUCUGUCCUCAAGGGGACUUCAAAGUGCUACAGAGUUUGCUGGAUGUGAGUAAUGCAGACUUUAAGGAGAAGAGUCUGAAUCACAUUAAUGACAAUUUGAUGGAGACUAAAAAGGUUCUUGAGGACAUCACAGAACCUCGCAGACUGUGUCUUCAGGAGCUUGGCCUUUGGGGGAACUUUGUCAAAUGGGUCAAAGAAGCUCUUGAAGAUAUCAAUGAGCUGAAGGUGUUUGUCGACCUGGCCUCCAUCUCUGCUGGAGAGAACGACUUGGAUGUGGACCGUGUAGCCUGUUUCCAUGACGCUGUUCUUGGUUACUCCUCGAUGCUGUAUGGGUUACCCAAAAAUGCUGACUUUAAUGCCUUCAAGGAGGCUUUGACAAAACUAUGGAAGGCGCUUGGAAGUGACAGAAACAUACCAAAUAAGCUGCGGGAUACUGCACGCCAUUUGGACUGGUUGAAAACUGUGAAGGACAGCCACGGGUCUGUGGAACUCUCUUCUCUUUCUCUGGCCACGUCCAUCAACACAAGAGGCAUCUAUGUUAUUGGUGCACAUAAUCAGAAGAAGCUGAGUUUAGACACUGCCCUGAAGCUACAGGUUCCAGACCAGCAGGGGGAAGGUCAGAUGCGCAACUACUCCUUAGAAGACCUGAGAGAUCUGCAAAACAAGCUCAUGCUGAUGUCUGGAAAGGGGGAGCAAAGCCAGAGUGAGGUGGAUCACUUUACUGAGGUUUUUGACAGUGUCCAGAGGCUAGCUGUAGCAUUUGUAGAUCUUUAUGCUGCUGGGAACCCACUUUUUAGGGUUUGGGAGGCCAAGAUUCACUGCAAUAUGGAAAGUGACACUGGUGUCACAAUGGACUUCAACCUUGGCAACAUCCUACGAAAGAUCAUGGUGGAGGGCAAUGCAGUCAAACAGCUUACAGACCUGUGCAGGAAGAUAGAGAUGUGUUUGGAUGACUGGAAUAGAUUCAUGGACAAACAGAGAUCUCAGCACUAUUACCUCAACUAUUUCACAGCAGAGCAGAUAGUCUACCUUUGUAAUGUUUUGACCGAAAAUAAUCUGAACAAUAAAUUGGAGGAAAACGUCUUGAUGAUGCUCUCUUUCAUCAAACCUGACUGCUCUGUGUCAGAAGUGUGGGAGUCAUGGAUGACUUUUCAGAACCACGCCAUGAAUACAGCUGGGCAAGAGGAAGACACCAGUUGUCAGACUUUUAUUAACCUUCAAAGUGACAUGGAAAACUUAGAUUCCUCUUUUGCAAGUGACAGAAAAUGUACCAUUGAUGUUCUACAGAGCGUUGUAGACCAGGCUGUUGGUUUGCGAAAACUGGAUCUGGUCUGGGAUGCCUACAUGAAAGACAUGAGGAACAUUAUCCAGUACUCUUUAGACAUCAGAAGCCUUGGCAGUCUGCUAGAGGUGUUGGCCAACAAACAAAGCCAGGAACAAGAGGAGGAAGAGGAGCUUUUAGAAACAAGUGAGAAUACAGUCAGUAGAAAGCUCCCGAAAGGCUUCUUCACUGGGCAACCUAAUCUCAUUAUCUGCCCACAAGAUAAAAUCUUGACUGUAAGCGUCUGCUUAUAUAUGACCAGUGAGGAUGAGCAGCUGCCUACUUACGAUGAAGUUCUCCUGUGUACCCCUGCCACGUCAUAUGAGCAAGUGGAGCUUUUCUUCAGACGAUGUCUCACACCGGGCUACAUGGGUGAGAAGAUCUAUGCCUUGCUCUUCGCAGACCAGUUGAGCUAUGAGGUGAGCUAUGCAGUGGAGAAGUUCUUUCAGAAACUGAGUUCCUGCUUUCGGAGCAGCUAUAGGCUGGUGAUCAUCUGCAGCGCAGAAAGAGAGCACAACUACAUUCCCUCUGCCUUCAGUCACUUCAAACGGGACAUUGUCCCUCAGGAGUCUCCUGGACGGAUACAGAAAUACCUGUCCCGGCACUACACUGUCCCCUCACACCAGGCCAGUGCUGCAUCUGUGUUCAUAGGUAGACACUUUGUUGGGAUUGUGUCUUCCAAGAGGGCUGGAGUUGGAAAAUCUCUGUACAUACAAAGGUUGUAUGAUAAACUGGAGGGAACCAUGAGAAUAGGAACCACAUUCCACAAAUGCAUUCGCUUAAUUGAGCCCAAGGUUGAUGAGCAUAUCAUUCUUCGGUCCUUGUUUGACACACCAGAGAAGAAGGAACACAAAAUCUUUCAUUUUGAUGUCACAUCCUCAGUACAGAAAGGACUGCAUGAAUUUCUUUUCAAACUGUUCUUCCUGCGUUACCUGGCCGAUUCGGAUGCGCUAAUGUGGAAAUGCAGCAGCAAGGACUUGUAUAUCAUCGAGACACUACAAUCCACACAUGAACUGCCCAGAUCUGCCUCAAGAGCUGAUCCGAUGGGACACGUUCCUCUCUUUGAGGUCUUUCCAAAGGUCUUCUGCCGUCCCCCAAAAGAGGUUAUGUGGUUGGAAAUGAGAAAUGGAGAUGAUCCAGAGCUGAAAAGUGAAGACCCACUCAUGGAUGACCAGUGUUUUAGGAGUGAGGCCUUUCAAAGACCAUACCAGUAUUUAACACGGUUCCAUAGGGGUGAGAAUCUUGACAGCUUCACCUACCAAAGAGUUGAAGGAACUCAUGCAGAGUGCCUUCAAAUGCUCUUCAUCUACUGUGGCAUAAGUGAUCCGUCCUGGGCAGAGCUGAGGAACUUUGCCUGGUUCCUCAAUCUUCAGUUGCUAGACUGUGAGACAUCGGCCUUCUGCAACUUUCAGUUCAUUGGAGACACUCUUAGGGGAUUCAGAAACUUUGUGGUUGACUUCAUGAUCUUGAUGGCCAAGGACUUUGCCACUCCAUCUCUCUGCAUCACUGACCAGAGCCAUGGGAGACAGCAGAUGGACCUCAAUGGACUCAACGAAAGGGAUCUAGCCCCGUUCCUCAUUCGAAAGAGAUGGGAAUCAGAACCGCAUCCAUAUAUCUUCUUCAAUGAUGACCAUGCAUCCAUGACCUUCAUUGGAUUUCACCUACGGGAGAACAAGAAGAAUGGGGUUGAUGCCAUUAAUCCAUCAACAAAUGUGGUGAUCAAGAGAAACAUUAUGACCAAAGAUCUGUACAAUGGCCUCAGACGUCAAAGAGUUCCAUUUAACAUUGACUUUGACCAACUUUCUCGGGCAGAUAAGAUUGUGCGUCUAUGUAGCGUGCUGGGGAUCAAGUGGCCAACAGACCCUGAUGAAACAUAUGAACUCACCACCGACAACAUACUGAAGAUGAUGGCAAUUCAUAUGAGGUUCAGAUGUGGCAUUCCAGUCAUCAUAAUGGGGGAGACUGGUUGUGGGAAGACACGACUCAUCAAGUUCCUGUGUGAGUUGAGAAGGAGUGGAGCGCCCACCGAGAACAUGAAACUGGUCAAAGUUCACGGAGGAACUACAUCUGACAUGAUCUACACCAAAGUGCACGAGGCAGAGGCUGUUGCGGUUGCCAAUAAGGAGAAACAUGGUUUUGAUUCUGUUCUUUUCCUUGAUGAAGCUAAUACCACGGAAGCUAUAAGCAGCAUUAAGGAGAUCCUGUGUGACAACACUGUGCAAGGACAACAACUUGGCUACCAAACUGGACUGCAGAUCAUUGCUGCAUGCAACCCUUACAGGAAACACACAGAUGAGAUGAUCAAGAGGCUGGAGAAAGCUGGUUUGGGUUACAGGGUCCGAGCUGAAGAGACUGAAGAAAGACUUGGAUCAAUCCCUCUUCGGCAGCUGGUGUAUAGGGUCCAAGUGCUGCCCCCGAGCAUGAUUCCUCUGGUGUGGGACUUUGGACAACUCAAUGACCACACAGAGAAAAUGUACAUCCAGCAGAUUGUGCAGAGAGUUGUGGGAAAAAAUUCAAUCAAACGAGUAUCCAUCAAGUUGAUCACUGAUGUACUGUCGUCAUCGCAGAGAUUUAUGCGACAGAGGAAAGACGAAUGCAGCUUUGUCAGUCUCAGGGAUGUGGAGCGCUGCAUGCAAGUUUUUGUGUGGUUCUACAAGAACCACUCAAUGUUUUCUGAAGAGUUAAGGUCACUCUUCCAGAAACAACCCCGGGGGGAGAGGAACAGGUGUGACCAGGUACCCCCACCUGCUAGUGAUCCAGUUGAUUGGUCGCUGUUGAUGGCUGUUGGUGUGUGUUAUCAAGCCUGUUUAGAGACAAAAGGUGAGUACCAGAAAGAAAUCUGCAAAUUCUUUCCCCGUGUCCUCCCCCAAAAAAUGAAGCAGGAAAUCUCACUCAUGCAGGAUCUUCUCCUAAGUGGGGUCCCAAUGGGAGAGACAAUAGCAAGAAACAAGGCUUUGAAAGAGAAUGUCUUCAUGAUGGUGAUCUGCAUUGAGCUACGAAUCCCCCUGUUUUUGGUUGGCAAGCCUGGGAGCUCCAAAUCUCUGUCCAAAACUCUGGUUGCAGAUGCCAUGCAGGGCCAAGCUGCACAUUCCGAGCUGUACAAAAGACUGAAACAAAUUCAUCUGGUGUCCUUCCAGUGCAGCCCUCACUCCACGCCAGAGGGAAUCAUCAACACAUUCAAGCAAUGUGCCCGUUUCCAAGAGAGCAAGAAUUUGGAGGAGUACAUCUCUGUUGUUGUGCUAGAUGAGAUCGGAUUAGCAGAAGACUCCCCCAAAAUGCCUCUGAAAACACUGCACCCCUUACUGGAGGAAGGCUGCAUUGAUGACGAGCCAUUGCCCCAUAAGAGGGUUGGAUUCAUUGGUAUCUCCAAUUGGGCCUUGGACCCUGCUAAGAUGAACAGAGGCCUCUUUGUGUCCCGUGGUGACCCAGACCAGAAUGAGCUAUUCGAAAGUGCGAAAGGCAUAUGCUCAUCUGACAAGAUGAUUCUGGAGAAGGUUAAGCACCUCUUCAAACCCUUUGCCAAAGCAUAUAUGAAGACUUGCAAGAAAGGCAAAGGGUUUUUCGGCUUACGUGAUUACUACAGUCUGGUCAAGAUGAUGUUUGCCAUCACCAAGAUCUCUAAGCAGAGCCCUGGUGUGAACCAAAUCAUUGAAGCAGUCCUGAGGAACUUCAGUGGAAGGGAUGAUGUGGAUGCUGUGUAUAUAUUCACCAAACAGCUGUGGGGCAAAUCGAAUAAACCUGAUUUGGAUGGGAUCAGCACUAUUGAUCUAGUGAAACAAAACAUAAUUCCAAUUUGCCAAGACGAGGAGUGCCGAUACCUUCUUGUCCUCACCAAAAACUAUGCCGCCCUCCAGAUUCUCCAGCAGACAUUCUUCUCAGACCAGAGCCAUCCAGAGAUCAUCUUUGGUUCCAGCUUCCCAAAGGAUCAAGAGUACACUCAGAUCUGCAGAAAUAUCAACAGAGUGAAGAUCUGCAUGGAAACUGGCCAGACUGUUGUGCUUCUGAACCUUCAGAAUCUGUACGAAAGUCUCUAUGAUGCUCUCAACCAAUACUAUGUUUCACUUGGGGGUCAGAAGUAUGUCGAUCUUGGAUUGGGAACCCAUCGUGUGAAGUGCAGAGUUCACAAAAAUUUCAGGCUUAUUGUCAUUGAAGACAAGGAGGUGGUCUACACACAGUUCCCGAUUCCCUUGAUAAACAGACUGGAGAAGCACUACCUGGACAUCAACACUGUCCUCAAGAAUGAAGGGAAGGAGAUUGUAAAACAACUUCAGGAAUGGGUCAAAGUGUUUGUCUCUUUGAAAAGCCAGCAAUCCAAGACAAACAGAUAUCUUCCAACGGAUGUCUUCAUUGGCUACCACUCAGACACAUGCUCCUCUGUAGUCCUUCAAGUUACAGAGAAGAAGAAAGAUGAAUCUGACAUUUCUGACCCUCAAAGAAGAGCCCUGGAUGAAGCCAAGUUCAUCAUGCUGAACUGUGCCACUCCAGAUUCUGUCAUUCGUCUGGAUGGGACCAAAUUGUCUGAUGUUGAGAUAGAGAAACUGACACAAAUAUAUUUUGAGGAGCAGAAGCACAAAUCCCUGGCUGACUUCAUUGCAUCUCACACACAGCUGGAGGAAUGGUGCCAUGCCCACUUUACAGAGGUCACAACGUUUUCCCGGCAAUUGACAGCAGGAGAUAUAAAACAGCUCCAGAAUAUCACAGAACUUUGCAACAUCAAGCUGCUCUCACUGCAACAGUUUGACACAGAGCACUCCUUCCUCAAAGAAAUCAGACAAUUUCUUGACUCUACCUCUGCCGACAAAGUCCUCAUCAUCCAAACUGACUAUGAUGAGGCUUCCCAGAGCAUGAACAUUCUUGCAUCUGCCAAGUAUUCAUCCAUAAAUGAAAUCAACAAACCAAAAGCUAAUGGUGGCAAUGGAAGGGUGUUUGUGUACUUCGUUACCAAACUGCCUCGAAUUGAAGGUGGAACCUCCUAUGUUGGAUUCCAUGGAGGACCCUGGAAAUCAGUUCACAUUGAUGACCUUAGAAGAUCCAAAGAGUUUGUAUCAGAUGUCCAGUUCUUGAGAAACCUACCCAUCAGCCAGCUGUUUGAGGACAUGAAAGAGCCCUGUUAUGCAAUGCAACCCGAUACAGACACAGACUUCCAACCACCUGCACCAGAUCACUCUGUAAGUAUAAUGGUGGUGUUUGAUGAAGCAAUGCAACCCGAUACAGACACAGACUUCCAACCACCUGCACCAGAGCACUCUGUAAGUAUAAUCAUGGUGUUUGAUGAAGCAAUGCAACCCGAUACAGACACAGACUUCCAACCACCUGCACCAGAGCACUCUGUAAGUAUAAUCAUGGUGUUUGAUGAAGCAAUGCAACCCGAUACAGACACAGACUUCCAACCACCUGCACCAGAGCACUCUGUAAGUAUAAUCAUGGUGUUUGAUGAAGCAAUGCAACCCGAUACAGACACAGACUUCCAACCACCUGCACCAGAGCACUCUGUAAGUAUAAUCAUGGUGUUUGACGAAGCAAUGCAACCCGAUACAGACACAGACUUCCAACCACCUGCACCAGAGCACUCUGUAAGUAUAAUCAUGGUGUUUGAUGAAGCAAUGCAACCCGAUACAGACACAGACUUCCAACCACCUGCACCAGAGCACUCUGUAAGUAUAAUCAUGGUGUUUGAUGAAGCAAUGCAACCCGAUACAGACACAGACUUCCAACCACCUGCACCAGAGCACUCUGUAAGUAUAAUCAUGGUGUUUGAUGAAGCAAUGCAACCCGAUACAGACACAGACUUCCAACCACCUGCACCAGAGCACUCUGGAAGUAUAAUGGUGGUGUUUGAUGUUGCAAUCAAAAACAUGGAUGUACUAAAUGCUGUGUUUGAAGUCACAGAUCUAGUGCGAAGCUGUGUGCAGAGUGCAGUAAGCAUGCUCAGAGAUCAGGAGGACAGUGGAGCUCUCAGCACCAGGAGGGUGGAGAUCCUGCUAACACUUAUGGAAGAUAGUGAGGAUCUGAAAGCUGUGUUCCUGAAAACCCUGAGGAGCCGCCUUCACUCUCUUCUGGAGAGCCACGAGAGAAACAUCCCCUCCCCCAAGUACUGGGUGUUAACAGAGGCAUCCAACAUCAAUGCUCUUCAAGAGGGGGGGACUUUCACACAAACUCUGUGGAAGAAAAUCCAAGCAGUGGUCACACCCGUUUUGGCUCAGUUGGUCUCAGUUAUCGACAGGGACUGUAAUCUGGACCUCCUCCUAGACGUCAAUUGUGGGGAAGAAGUCAAGAAACUGUGGCUGGAGAUAUUCGGCAACAACGAGAUGCUUGAUAUUCCUCUUGUCAAAGUGGAUUCCAAUUCUGAGUCUAAGACCAUUCUGGUACAGAGCCAUAUCACAGCUGAGAGGACCAUGCGCUCCAGUAUGCCCUUCAGCUGGAGGAUCAGAGAUAUCCUGGAUGAACUAAUGAUGCAAACUCAGCAGUACGAAAGACACAGUCCUAGGCAGUUCGAGGAAUUCUUUCCGAAAAUCCCCCUUGGUCAGUAUAUGGCUACAAUGAAUGAAAAAAUGCAGAGGGAAUUUUUUCAAAGGUACCUGCAGGAUUUCAUUGCCAUGACGAUGAAAGUGUCUUCAGCGGGGGAGUUAAAGCUUCUGUGUGACGCCCUGAACAGCUGUGUGAAUGAGCUCCGGAGGCGACGAAAAGCUCCAAGUGAAGAGAUUCCAUCCAUACCCCUGAUCCACUCGGCCUACCACAUGUACCGCACCCGCCUUCAGAACCUGUCCAGGAUGAUGUCCCUGCAGCCACAGGUGGCCCUUCACUUGCAGCGAAACCCACAAGUGAAGGAUAGCCCAGUGAUGGUUCUGGACGUGUACGCAGCAGUUGCCUGUGUUGAGCAGCUGGGGCCUCCUGUGUUGGACUCUAAUAGCCAGUGCCAAGACUGGCUGACGCAGGUGAAAAGACUGCAGGGGUCUAUGGAGCUGGUCUGCUCCCAGGGAAGCCUGAGGCAGUAUGGAGAGAGGAGCCAGGAAAUGUUUAACUAUAUCCGUAAUAAUUGGAACCAUAUCUGCAUCCUCUCUCUGUUUGUGGAACACAUGCUGCUAGGCUUUGAGUUUGAGGAGAGGGAGCUCAAGUCUCUGGUCCUUGAUCACACUCAUACCUUAGGCAAAAUUCUGUCAAAACAUUCAGACGUCAAAUCUGAGGAACCCUUUGCAGCCGUCAUUAAAAUACUGAAGUCAUGCAAGAAAGGAGCAAGUGAUCUUAUUUGCAAGUUUGAUCUCCAGUGCCCUGUGUGUAUGGGGGAACCAGAGGACCCCGUGGACCUGCCCUGUCACCAUAUUUUCUGUCUGACCUGUGUCAGAAGACGUGUCAACGUGGGCCAGAUGUACUGCCCCAUGUGCAAACAGGAACUCCCAGAUGACUUUGAGGUGAAAGUGUCUGAAGACGUACGAGCUUCCAUCACCCUAAAUGGCCAUUUCAGACGGAGUUGCAGUGCGUUUUUCAUAAACCUCGUCACUACUGUGUGCUUCAAGGACAACAUCCCCCCAUCAAAGGGUGUCAUCCUGCAGCUGUUGUCCUUCCUCAUGGUCGAGACAGACCCGAUUCCACUCAUCAGAGCACAAAGUCAGAUACACACCAAAGAUUUCUCACCAUUCGAUGAGUCUCUGGACAAAAAUCCUGUGGUGAGAUCAGUGAUACUCAAACUCCUGCUCAAGUACAGCUUUGAUGAAGUCAAGGAAUAUCUGCAGCAGCAUUUGACAUCGAUAGAAGAGAGCAACAUUGUCGAUGCAGAAGAUAAAAAUGAACUGUAUGCGUUGUACAUUAACUGCCUUGAGGACUCAUUGUUGGAAAGAAUGCCACAAGAAAACACCUGCCUUCAGGAAGAGACUGAGUUCUUGCAUCACUUCCUGGACUCUGUCACUGACUCGGCUGAGACGGUCACAAUAGAGUACCUGCAGCAGAUCGCUAGGGUCCGCCUGUGCCUGGGCAAGGCUGCACACCUUCUCCAUAGCAUGCUGUCUGGGGUAUGUGCAAGUCCUCAGGAUGUGGUUGAGGAGUUUCUUCGUGCUGUUAGGAACCUGUGCGAGAGGAGUGUGAACGACUGGUACCGGGUCUACCUGAUCCGCAACAUCAGCAGACAGCAGGGUGUAGAGUGUGUCCAGGGGAUGCUGAAGGAAGCCGAGUACAGGUGGCUUUUCCCUGAAGAGAUACAUCAACAGAAUGAAGAUGGUGGGCAGAUGGACCAGUAUCUGGUCUAUGGAGAGCAAUACCUGGCUGUACGGGAGGCUGUUGCCAAAGCAGUAUUAGAGGGCACUGUGGAGGACAUAGAGAAGAAGUGUGAGAGAUGUACUGCACCUCCAAAGAGGCGGACCUUGUAUAUCCUGCUGGCUCUUUUCAGAGAAGUCACCAGUCUGUACCGAGCAGCCAACACAGGCCUCCAGCCCAGCCCUAAGAAAUGCCAAGAACUUGAGUACUUCAUCCAGGGUUCAAGGUACCUAGAUCCCAAGCCAGUGAGGGACUUUGCCAUGGCAUUGGUGCAGAACAGGAUGGGAGAACUGAAUGUCCAUAAUGGCCGUACCGGUGCAGAGCACGUCCUUAUAGAGCUGGCUGUCCACCUGGCCGCUGUGCUGCUCACUGGGACAGAAGGGGUGCUUACACCUCUUCAGCAGCUUGGCCUGACUCCUAACAACAUGCUGAGAGCCUUCAUACCCACGAUGCCUGAAGACAUGCUGGCUAUGGCCCAAAGGGUUUUAACACAGACUGGAGGCCUUCAAGCACUCACCUGGUAUUCCUGUCCUGAAGGACACCCUUGUGCUGUUGGUGAGUGUGGUCGCCCCACCCAGCUGGCACGCUGUCUAGAGUGUGGGGCAGUAGUUGGAGGGAAGAACCAUGCUCCUGUCAGAGGUUUCAGUGCUAUGGGACUGCAGCGGGGAGAUCUGACAAGGACUGGUCACAUCCUAGGAGAUCCUCAGAGGAGGGACAACCCAGACUCCCAGGACACCAAAAACAUGUCCCUCACCCCCUUCACCCUCGUCAGGCUGCUCACCCAUCUAGCCAUGCUGCUAGGGGCCUCAGAGCACCCACAGUCCGUCCAGCAGAUCAUCCAGCCUCCAGUUGCUGACCCCUGUGGAUUUCUGAUCCUUCACCUGCUAAAGGAUAUGGAUCAUGUGACCAAAGCCCUGGGGAAGGGAACAGAUGGCACGGUCACCGCCAUCCACCUGAUAAUCAGAUCCAUCCUGGAGUCACCACAGACCAAUCCAUGGAUGGCUGGCUAUGAUUCCCAACUGUCAACUAAAGAGGCCAGAAAUACCUGGGAGACAACCGUUGCUACUGACAUCAUCACUCCUCAGUUGAAGCAUCUUGACCAGCGGCUGAGAGAGGUGAAUGCCACAAUCAGAAAUGACUUGCGUGUCUCCUCUAACUUCAUCAUGAGGGUGACAUUCGGGGAUGAGUGUCCGUUGUCCUCGCUACCUCGGGGCUCCCAGGUCCACUGUUCAGGAGUGUGGAGCUGCAGAGAGAGGGUGUCCCUACUCAGCCUCACCCACAUCGUAGAGCAGAACGACGGAAAGGACAAGCUCCCUCUACUAUGGAGGUUCCUACAGAAGGAGGCAGAGUUCCGGCUGGUGAGGUUCCUUCCAGAUAUCCUGGCCCUGCAGAAGAGUCUGGUGAAAAGGUUCCAGAGGUCAUCAGACCUGAUGAAUGCCUCCAUUAGAGAGUUCAUCCAGAAACAGUCAGCACCGAUGAGAGUGUGCUAUGAGAAACGAAUCCAGAUCUUCCUGAAUACAUGGAACUUGCUCAGAUUGUCAGUAGCCACCAGUGAAAUAAAGAUCCCAGAAGAGUUCUGGAAGGAGAAUUUGGACCAGGACAGUGACCUCCAAUACCUCCUGCCACGGCGCCAGGGUCCAGGCCUGUGUUCCACCGCUCUGCUCAGUCACCUGGUGGCCCUGCACAAUGAGCUGCUUCACGCUGUGGACCGCCACACUGGGGAAGACACCAGCUACAAGGUGAGUCUGUCAGAGCUGACAGAUCUGCAUGUGAUCCGCUAUGAAGUGGAGAAGGACCUGCUGCCCCUGGUGCUGUCAAACUGCCAGUACAGCCUGGAGCGUGGCAAGGAGACCCUGUCUGAGUACGACCUUCCCAAGAUCCAGCAGCAGGUCCUAACCCGCUUCCUGCAGGGCAAACCCCUCAUCACACUAACUGGAAUCCCGAUUUUGGUCACCAGACAUGAAAGAGAUUACGAAAGCAUUUUGAAAACAGUGAAAGGAAAAGUGUCUCAGGAGCGUCUGCCGUCCCUGACCCUCACAGCCCUGUCCAGGGAUCUGGAGUCGUACAGUGAGGUGUGUGAUGCCCUGAAGGCUGUGGAGCUGGCUCUGGGCUUCCUGUCCAUGACUGGGGGAGACACCCACAUGCCCUUGGUGCGUUACCUGGAGGACACGCUCAGGAUGAGCGAGCAGACCGAACCACACUUCUUAAAGGCUCUGGGCAGAUGCAGUCUGAAGCACUGUGUGGCUCUGUGGCAGCUCCUCUCUUCCCUCAAAUCAGAGAACAUGCUGAAGAGUCUGAAGAGGGACCCAUUCUUUGGGGUCUCGGCUGAGUACCAGAAGCACCUGGAGGAGGAGCAGAAGAAGCUGCUCCAAGGUUUCAUCACCGUGGGGAACAUCAACACCUGGCUGCUGGAGAUGCACGAGUUCCUCCUGCUGAACCUGGGGAGCCCUCGUGCCUCGGAUACCUAUGGACCACACUGGAGUGUCAAAGAGACUUUGACUGCAUACAUGGACCGCAAAGAAGUACAAGUCCCUCCUGACGUGGAGGCUUCCUUCCCCGACGAGAUACUCCUCUCACAGAUUGUGGAAACCUGGAAAUUUACUGUGACUUACAAACAAGAAUGGAUGAUGUAAUCGAUUCCACCUGAACAUGAUUUGUAAAGGACUACACUGGAUCACCGGGGAAAUGUUAGAAUAGAACACAAGUGCUUCUGAUUGUAUGCUGUAUAGAUGUAUGUGCUUUCUCCAGUGAUCUCACAGUAUGUGCCACACUGACACACCAUACUUAGAUACUAAGAGGAUUUAUAACUGGUAUGUGGGGAAUCUUGCCUUUCUCCUUACAAAACCUGCCUUGAAUGCAACAUUUUCUCAGGAAAACAUUCCAAAUAUCAUUUUUUGCUCAGACUAUGGGGUUGGUUCAAUCCGUAUCGUUGAUGUUCAGGGCAAUAGAAUUGAAUAUUAAAGGCAUUGUUACUGCGUUCGCAUGAGACUGCAUUCACGGUAAACGCUGCAUAUGUCGGCCCAAUUGGAAAUGACCUUUACAUUUUAAGCGUGCCAUAGUGGUGGACUUCGGGUAAACGGAUUGAAUCAAGCCUUAUUUAAACCAAACUGUGUUUACAGAAUGUUUUAUGCAAUCAUUUUUGUUACUAGAUGUUUAUUUUGUGGGAAAUAUUUUUGACAUUAUUUGAGAGACUAACUCCAGUGCAGUUUUUAUGUUUACCACAUGUUUAUGUUAUGCUCUUCUCUUUUACAUGUUGUACUUUAAAAUGUUGUACUUUCAAAUUUAUAUUUUGGGAGAAUAUUGGUGGUUGGUGUUAUUUUAAAGUUAAUAUUUCCAAACAUUAUGUUCAGAUCAGUGCAAUAAGCAUCCGCUUGAGGGUGCUAUUGGCCCACAUUUUGUAAUUUACAGUCCUGAAGAUCUAAAAUCAAGUUUGUUAAAUACAUGACCUAAUAAUUUUAUCUGCCUGGUUUUAAUGUAUUCUGGUUGAAUAUGACUACAUUAUCUUCUGUGUCCAAAUCAUGGCAUCUUGAAAUAAAAGGGCUGGUGCUGUCAAGAGGGAUGUUUGUCACGCCUUUGCUGGUAAUAUACUCUAAAUGUACAGGCCUAGAUAAUACCCUCAUUUCACUAACUUGCCAUUGCCAAUGGGUCAUAUUUAAUUUAUUUGAAGGUUUGCUUAGAUAGCUUAUAACCUAUUUAAGCAGACCUUCAAAUUGUUACGUAAGAUUUUAAUUAAUAAACUGUUAAUACAUGAUUACA